AGAGAGAGAGAGAGAGAGAGAGAGAGAGAGAGAUACGGAGGUCCACAGACAGCAGCGGCGUGCAGAGUGCAGCAUGCGGUCUGGCCAUUGACGCUGCAGUUGGAUUGAACACACAUGCACAGACACACACACACACACCCCUGAGGAGUGUAUGAGACAUGCCCAGGCUGCUGUCCAUGGACACACACACACUGGCAGGGCACCAGAGAGGAAAUACAGCAGACCCCUGAGCCUGAGGAGCUAUGGAGAGCAGCAUGUUUUUUGGUAACACAUGUCAAAAUGGCCUCAUGCCCACCCUGGUGCGCCCCACCCUGCCUGCCAUCCAGACCUCAAUGGGCAUGAAGCAGUUUCUCCCCUUUCCAUUGGAUACGGCCACAGCGAUGAGCCUCUUCCCAGGAUUCAACACGAUGGACCCCGUGCAGAAAGCCGUCCUCCAUCACACCCUCGGCCUCCCUCCCACCGUAAAGAGGAAGCACGUCUCCUGCAGCGUUUGUCAGCUGAGGUUCAACUCACAGAGCCAGGCCUUGGCCCACUAUAAGGGGACCAAACACGCCAAGAAACUAAAAGCCCUGGACGCUCCGAAGAGUAAGCUCAAAGGCUCAGUGGUCACCAAGGAAACCACCAACCAGGAGAUCGGCAAAGGCAUCAACACCUUGCAGGUCCCCAAUGCCACUGACAGGAAAGAUGGCGUUCCUGGAGCAGUGCCCCUACCGCUAUCCCCUGGGCUCAGACCGGCACUACCCUUGGCAUCUUUAACAACCCUCACGACGCCAAAGCUGGCACCUGCGGCCUUAGCGAUAGUCCCGAGCCCAACUGCAGCCACAGCCACAGCCCCAGAGACUACCUCAGCUGCUGGAGGGGACUCGGCUCUAGACUCACCCUCAGAACCAGACGUGGAGCCUCAGGCCGACCCUGAGGCGGAGACAGACGCGGAAACAGAGGAGGAGAAAGCUCGGCGUCUUCUGUACUGCUCGCUGUGCAAAGUGGCGGUCAACUCGGCGUCGCAGCUGGAGGCUCACAACAGCGGUACGAAGCACAAGACGAUGCUCGAGGCCAGGACCGGCGUGGGUUCCAUCAAGUCUUUCCCCCGGUCGGGAGUCAAAAGCAAACUGGCUACAACCACCAAGUCAACAACGGGCCUGCAGAACAAAACGUUUUACUGUGAGACGUGUGAUGUGCAUGUCAACUCAGAGACGCAGCUAAAACAGCACAUCAGCAGCCGGCGUCAUAAAGACCGAGCAGCAGGUAAACCAGCCAAGCCUAAAUACAGCCCGUACAGCAAACCGCAGAAAGGCCAGACCAAGCAGCCGAUAAAGUUGUCCCUGGGUAAGGAGCGCCAGUGUUCGCCUCUGACCGCGCAGAUCAUACCUGCUCACCUGGCGGCAGUGGCAGCAGCCCUCAGCAACACAUUCACACACCGCACGAACCACGCUACUAACCACGGCCCGACCCCUGCCCUCUUCCAGACACAGACCCUCCCUGCCGCACUGCUCCGCCCGGCCCCCGGGCCUGUCAGGAGGACCUCCCACCCACAAGUCCUAUUUGCCCCUUAUUGACCUGUCUGACCUGGGCGGUUCUGCACCGCCUCCUGUCAAGGACCAAACCAAGUGCUUCACCCAGACCAGGCCGAGGAGUCACGUCAGCAUCUGCACUCCUUCUAUGCAUCCGGGAACAUCUUCUCACCUCUCCUCGUAUGGAUUAUCCCACAUUUACUGUAAAGCUAACCGGACUGCAGCGAAGCACUGGACACUUCUUCAUGAUGGAUUUAUUUCUCUGAUCCCACUGAAAAACCUGGGCUUCAGUAUACAGUACGCUUUCUGUGCCAUCCUGCAGCCCAUUGUUCAUACCCGGAACCCCCGGACCUGGAUCUACAUUGCACCGCAAUAAUGUAUAAGACUAACCCCAGUGUACUAUGCAGUGUCAUUAUUUCAUGAUGCAAGGCACAGUUUGAGCUAAAAAAAAAUGCGGUAGGGAUAAGCUUUUUGUAAAGAUACAGCGUGGCACUAAGAUCAUUGCUUCAGUGGAGGAAUAAUGUUGCUCAUAAUUUAAAAGGCUGUUAAUGAUCAUAAGAGCGAGCAAGGCCCUCCUCUGUUCCUGUAUGCACUUUAAGCCCCUCCUCUGUUGAUGUCUACAUUAGAUGGCUAGACUGUGUUAGACUGUAUGUGUAAGUGUCGUGAUGUGUGUGUUUGUAUCUGUCCUUGCAUAUCCAUGUGUGUGCAAGUGUGUGCUUGUCCGUGUGUGUGUGUGUGUGUGUGUGUGUGUGUGUGUGUGUGUAUGCUUCCCAUCCACCACAUGCAAUCCUUGUUGAUAUCCAGCACACAUUGUUACUGACCAUGUCUCGGGCUAGAGGGACCACAAAGGCUUGUGUAUAUUAACUGUCAGUGUGUAAAAGGUGAACAAUUUCAAAUAAAAAGAGUCCUAAUUUGUUAAUGCUCGUGA